ACGAGGACUGUUUUGCAAUACCUUGAUUGUCCAGUUCUGCUUACUAGCUCCAGUUUCCAAAUAAAGCGCUGCUCUUUGUCUCCAGAUUUCAGACCCAAAAUCGAUGGGCAAAAGCGGAAAGAAACCGAGGGAAUCGCACCGGCAGGGCCGCGGCCGGCGGGCGUCGCACUUCUGCGACGAGGACGACUACGACUUACCUUCGUCAGCCUACGAUGCGACGCCGCGCCAAAACGAGGAAUCCUCUGAAGACAACGACGACACCAGCGAAGCAACAGCGGAGGACGAACCAGAGAGGGAUACGGAAGCAGGCGAGCAGGACCAAUGGCAAGGAUCAAUGCCUUCCAAGUUUCACCUAUACCAGCUCUCCGUGCAGUCGCCGAAGGGGGACAUCAGCUACUUGCAGAAGUUCUUCCUGAUGUAUGUCGGCGGGCGCGCCCCUCUCCACCUGCAGGAGGAUUUCUGUGGCACGGCCCUCCUCAGCACCGAGUGGAUCCGUACUGAUGCAAGAAGGACAGCAAUUGGCUUAGACUUGGAUCUUGAGUCACUUGAGUGGUGCCUUGAAAACAACCUAAGCAAGAUUGGAGCUGAUGGGUAUUCAAGAAUGUUGCUUUUCCAUGGAAAUGUUCUACAACCAAUGGAAUCCCGUCUUGUCAAGCAAAAGUUUACUAAUCUUGUGCAUGGUCUAGAUUUGAACAGCAACAAUGGCACAGGAAGUAACAGUUGCAAGCAGAUGGGUCUUGCUGACUCGAAGUGCUUAGCCAAUCUGACCAUGUCAGAGGCAGAUUUUCCUGCAAGGGAUAUUAUCUGUGCAUUCAACUACAGCUGCUGUUGCCUGCAUAGUAGAAAGGACUUGGUUUUAUAUUUCAGGCAUGUACGCAGUGUGCUCUCGGAAAGAGGUGGUAUAUUUGUAAUGGAUGUAUAUGGUGGCAUAUCAUCUGAACGCAAGUUACGUCUCCAGCGGAAAUUCCCCAGCUUCACGUAUUUCUGGGAGCAAGAUGAGUUUGAUAUCAUCAGUCGCCAAACAAGGAUCAGUCUCCACUUUCAAGGCGGAAAGAAACAGAUGAUGCGAUAUGCUUUCACAUACCAUUGGCGCCUAUGGUCGAUUCCGGAGAUCAAGGACUGCUUGGAGGAGGCUGGAUUCAAGUGGGUCCACGUUUGGAUGAGGGAGAUGCCAAAUACCCAGUCAGGUGGAAACGCCAAGGAGUAUAACGCCAACCGGGACGUGAAGUACGAAGAAUCGCAGCAUUUCAACCAAGGAGAUGCUUGGAACGCCUAUGUCGUUGGAGUAGCAAAUGUCUAGCCGGUACGUGCUGAAAUCUGCUACAAAAAUGUGAUGGUGGCUCUCAGUUUCCCAGGCCAAUUAAUGUUUCGUGGACGCUUCCGCUUUGAUCACAACUUCUGCAUCGCGUUGCUGCGGAGGAAGUAUGCAUCAGGGUGGCUAUUACCGGACCCAGAGAACUUUUACUCCAGAACACGGCCUCAGUGAUGUUUCUGUUUUCAAAAUGAAAUGCUGGCAACGUGACAUGCCUUUGAAUGUAUUUCUUACGGAUACGAUGUGUAGGAUAUGAUGGGUGCUUCGACGGAUACCGAUACUACCUUUCAUGAUAGCUUCAUAUGCAUUAGGGGUUGGUAUGUGAUUCGUGUUUGGGCGAUUGAUCGUCCGGUUGGCGAUCGGUCAUACAUCUUUCUACCAAACGGAACUUUCCCGCUAUAAAAAGCCUUUCAGCCUA